AAACAAAAAUGGAUUUGGUUUGUGGUAAAAGGUUUUUCCCGCUAAAUAUAACAGGAACGACGUUACAGAAUGAAUAUCCAAUAAAUUCUAAGUUAUGGACAAUGACAAUAAAUUGGACCGUUUCCUCAAAUUGGGAAAAGCUGGCGAAGGCACGUACGGGGUCGUUUACAAGGCAAAGAACAAACUGACCGGCAAGAAUGUUGCACUUAAGAAAAUCAAGUUGCAAAAAUUUUACAAUAAAGGAUGUUCAGAAGGUGUCCCAUCAACAGCAAUGCGAGAAAUCACGUUAUUAAAAGGGGUGCGUCACUCAUCAAUUGUAGAACUCCUAGAUGUAAUGUACACUACUGACAAACUAUAUCUAGUCUUUGAGUAUUUAGAUUUAGACUUAAAAAGGUACAUGGACCAUUCCAAACAGCCUUUAGAGGCCGAGUUAGUAAAGAAUUACAUGAAACAACUGUUGGAUGCUAUUGCAUAUUUGCACUCCCACCGCAUCUUGCAUAGAGAUCUCAAACCACAGAACCUUUUAGUUGAUAAAGAAGGCCACAUUAAAAUGGCAGAUUUUGGGCUGGCCAGGUCUUUUUCCUUACCUACUAGAACAUAUACUCAUGAGGUCAUCACUAUGUGGUAUAGGGCACCCGAGUUGUUAUUAGGAGAAAAAAUGUACUGUACAGGGGUGGAUAUAUGGAGUUUAGGCUGUGUUAUGGCAGAAAUGCUAAUGAAAAGGGCACUAUUCCCGGGUGAUUCCGAAAUCGACCAACUAUACAAAAUCUUCCGGAUAAUGGGAACGCCACAAGAAGACGACUGGCCGGGAGUGCAACUGUUGCCCGAUUUUAAGGCCGCUUUUCCCAAGUGGCUUCCCAAGAACUUAAGAGAUAUUGUGAAGUUUAAUAAUACGGAAGAAGAAAUACUAUUGAAGGAAAUGUUGACUUAUGACCCGGCAAAACGAAAAACCGCAAAAGAAUUAUUGAAGUACAAUUAUUUAAAGACUGCCAAACUGACCACUCCGGACUUGACCGCUUUUCCGGUUGAAGAAACGAUCGACGAGGCCGGGCCGAGUUAGUGUUUCAAAAAAUUUUACCUUUGUAUUGUCUUAUAAAAUAGAUUUUCGUGUCCAGUAUGAUAAAGUUAACUGUCAAAUGAGUGUGCUUUUUAACGAAAAUAUAUUUAUUUUUUUAG